AUGGUGCUCUUUUUCCCACUGCGAUGGGAAAAAGUCUCUCAUACUCCGGACAACAUUGUGACGGUAAAAAUUACUGGUAUUGAUUCGGAUGGAAAGUAUAUUAUUCACGAAAAAUUAUACAAAGAAUGGAUCGGAGUGUGCACUAUAAACAUCGAUAAAGUGGUUAAAAACGUCAAAAGGUAUUUUCCAUCAUGUUGCAUUUCGUACAAACUAUUAAACGAGCAACUUUACAAAAAAGUCUUACCCUAUUUCAAUGAACGCUUAAAAAAGGGUAAAUUGCGCUACUCGAAUAAGCCAUUUUAUAAAUUGUAUGUCUCCGCUUCGAUUGCAGAUGUGGGAUAUUUUUUUAAUGUGUACAAAAUGGCUUAUUAUGAGUUGGAUGAUUGGUUGGUCCGUCUUUAUAUCGAUUUAGGAGGUGAUUUUUAUUACAAGUGGUACAAUGUUGAUCCUCAUUCAAAAGGAUUGUUGGAUGCGUUUCAAAUCAAUAGAAACUGUCAAAAUAUUCCCCCGAUAUAUAUGGCGGCCUUUGAUUUGGAAACGAUUCCUUUAGAUGGCGAGGAUCGCGUACCGACAGGCCAUUCGUCAAGUGAUCGUAUUGUAAUGAUGAGUAUUGUGAAAUGGUCCAGUAUAGGCCAUUAUUCAACGCAUGUGUUAUAUCUCAAUCCGUUAACUAGAGAAAAAGCAUUUGAUGGUCUAGAAAAAGCAGGAGAAACUACAAAAAGUGUGCACGAUUCUUUGAACCUCAGAGAAAAAGCAGGAGAAAUUACAAAAAGUAUACACAAUUCUUUAAACCUCAACCCUUUUCUUUACCGAGAAUAUUUCAACGAGCUCGACAUGUUGCGUGAUUUUUUUCAACUUAUGCAAGAUGUACAAGUGAUUACGGGCUACAAUAUCAAUCAAUUUGAUAUUCCUUGUCUAUUGGCUCGAUUGAUUUGGCUGCAAGCUUAUGAUAUCACAAACCACUUUUCCUCCAAGCAAAUUGGCAAAUACAUCAUUCCCACCUGGGACAACAAAUUGGUGAUCGACAUGUACAAUUUUGUCGAUAUUUUUUCUUCUUACAAUCUUCCAAGCUUAAAGCUCGAUGACGUAUCUCACUGUAAACUCGGCGAGGCUAAAAUUCCCGUGAAAUCGACUGGCAUUCACGCUUGGUAUGUUUCUGAUAGUGUCACUCUAAAAUUGCUACACUCCAGAGACACAAAUUACUGUUUCCACGUGUUACAACCCAGAAAUGUGAGAUUGUUUGAAUUUGGGACUUUUACGCAGUAUUUAGAAUAUUGUUUACAAGAUUCCAAACUAGUUUAUAAAUUGUUUAUGCACGAAAAAGCGCUCGAAUUUCUCGUUGAGAGGGCAAAUUUUACCUGCCUUCAUCUGGAAGAAGCCCUCUACUUUGGCAAUUCCAGGUACAUUUUCAAUGUGCUCAAAACGUACGGGACGCUGAUGGGUUUCUUUCUCAAUGCUACCUUUUUUAAAAAUACCAAUGUCCAAGAUAGCAAACCUUUUAAAAAGUUUUUUCUCAAAGAGAACACAUAUCAGGGUGCACUCAAUUACUCUUUGGCUGGCACGUUUCACAAUAAUGUUCACGUCUUUGAUUUUGCGAGUAUGUAUCCCUCUAUUUUACUCAAUCAAAAUUUAUGCUAUGGUACGUGCACCAUAUUGACAACCCAAGAUUAUUUUCAAUUACCUCCCGAUAUUCGAGACCAAUGCUGUAAUGUACCUUAUCGCAAUCAUUCUGAGACUGAUUUUGCAAAUGCAUGUGUUGAUAUCACUAGACCCUAUCAAUAUCCCGAGGUAGAAGAGCACGAUACUGCUGUCAUGGUGUGGUAUAAAGACGAAAAAGGGUUUUUACCUACUGUUUGUGAACAUUUUCUCGCAAAACGGUUCGAGGAAAGAAAAUUAUUCAAAGAAACCGGUAAUAUCAUUCAUUAUAAUAAACAGUUGAAUAUGAAAUUAUUUCUCAAUUCCAUUUAUGGUUGCAUGGGUUCGAACGAAACCCCUCUCGCUUGUCUGUACAUUGCCAUGUCUAUUACCGCCUUUGCGAGAAUGUAUUUACUCGCUUCAGUUCAAUUCUUUCUCGCCCGAGACUGUGUCAUUGCAAAUUGCGACACAGACAGCGUCUUUGUGGUGAACAAUUCUUCGACUGACGCUACUCUCGUCAAUCGUUUUUUAAAUCAACCACACAUGAGUUUAGCAUACGAACAAACAAUGGAUUUUUUACUUAUCAUUUCUAAAAAACGCUACGUCUAUCAAAAGGGAGAUACCAUCUAUUUUAAAGGAUUUGAAAAAAAGUCAAGUCAAUUGGUCAAAGAUAUGACGCAUUUGUUGGUCGAAAAAACGUUUAAAGCGUACAAAAAGGGACACACGAGUCAGUCACGAGGGCUUAAAAUUUGGGUCAAAACGUUGGUUCAGGGAUAUGCAGCGUGUAAGGAUCCUAAAAAAUAUUGCUUGACGCGAAAAGCGAAAAAAUUGGAGGAGUACAAAUCAAAAACGUGUCCCCAGUUGAAACUGUUGAGAAAAAAUCCCGAAUUGGGAGGACAAUAUAUUGAUUAUACCUAUAGUCAGGCAGACGUCAAAUACAAUCGGGAGACCCAGUGGAUUAUGCGGGUAGAAGAGGUAGA